CUUCAAGUUCGUGUUUGAAUGAGCUGGUGGAGAUUUUCAAGUGUCAAGAAUCUGCGGGACAAAUAGUGAUGACGGUUUUCUACAAAGUGGAUCCAUGUGAUGUGAGGAAACAGAUGGCAGAGUUUGCCCCUCACAAAUCUCAAGAAGAUGGAUUUGGCAAUGUCCUGUCAUUUAAAAGCUAGGUUGCACGGGUACUCCAAGUUGGUGCCGUCUCACGUAUCGGGUUCGUCGGGGGGACGGGGACGUCUCGGGUACGCCUAGGAAACGUCCCCAAUAUGUGUGAGGUGAACCCGGGACGUCAAGACUCAUCGGGUACGGGCUUGGUCAGAGAAGGAGACGUUCCGGAAACGUUUCCGCAGAAAAUAGACGUAUCCAUCUGAUUUUUUGUGUUAUAAGAAGUGUAAAAAAUUAAACCAUAUAUGUUUUUAACCUUUAAUGUGUUUAUUCUAUCAAUUUUGAAAAGAUCAAAAGUUGUAAUUAAAAAAAAAAAUAGUGUCUCUGUCUCUUCGAUUCUUCCACUCUCACUUUAGUCUCUUGCACUUCCAUCUUCUUUCUCUUUGAAACUCAAGUCUCGACCAUAUCUCUCUCUGUGAUAUAUCAGCAACAGAACCCAGAUGCACUUUCCUUACCUUCUUGUCUCUUUGUUGUUUAUAUCACAAGCAAAACGCGUAAGCAUUUUCUUUACCUUCUUCUUGUAAUCUUAUCUUUCGAAAAUAAUUCAUAUACAAUGUUUCUGUGUUUUGUAUACAAAGAUGUGACUGUCAUUUUAUAUGUAUCAUAUUUUGUUUUUUAGCUUAUUCUGUUGCUGUUUAGUAUUUUGAUCAAUUGUGUUUGCUGCUGUUUCUGUUGAUGUCUAGUAUUUUUAUCAUGUGUGUUAUUGUUUCUGUUGAUGUCUAGUAUUUUGAUUAAGUGUGUUUGAUGCUGUUAAAACUUAUGUUUCAGAUUUUAACAUUUUGACUUAUGGAUAUUUUUAUAUUUUCUUAUAAUAUGGUCGCCGUUUCUAUGCCGUACCCGUAUUUACAAAUUUAAAGUUUGACGUUUCCCGUCCCCGCUCCCGUCCCAGUUUUCGGUCCCCGUCCCGGUCCCGGGGCUGCUUAGUUUAAAAGAACUCCCAGAUCUUUCAAAUGCAACAAAUCUCGAGAGACUAAAUCUGAAUGACUGCGAGAGUCUGGUAGAGAUUCCAUCCUCUUUUUCAAAUCUUCACAAGCUAAAAGCGUUGAGCAUGUUUGCCUGCACAAAGCUAGAAGUCAUUCCAGCUCACAUGAACUUGGCAGUUGGCAUCUCUUGAGUCGGUUGAUAUGACUGCAUGCCAAAGAUUGAGAAACUUUCCAGACAUCUCUAGGAACGUCUCAAAGUUCUCUAUCUCAGUCGAGGAACUAGACCAAGUGCCUGAGUCUAUCAGGCUUUGGUCUCGUCUUCAUGUUCUCACCAUAACCAGCAAAGGAAAACUAAAGUCCUUAACACAUCUUCCCCAAAGUGUAAGGCAUCUACACCUAAGCUGCAUUGGUGAGCAGAGGAUUCCAUAUUUCAAGAAAAGUCUCCAGCGGGUAGAACUUUAUCUAAACAGCUGCAGAAGUUCACUACUUAGGGGAAAUUGUGAACUCAAGGAGGGACUUACUUGUCCUUAUGACACUCCAUACACGCAACUCAAUUACACGAACUGCUUCAAACUGGACCGAAAAGCACGGACAGCAAUUAUAACAAAACCUUUUGCUCAAGGCUGGGCUUGUUUACCUGGAGGAGAAGUGCCUGUAGAGUUCGAUCACCGAGCCAAAGGAAAUCGUGUGACCAUACAUCCCAUGAGUAACAUGUCUCUCACCAUUUUCAAGGUUUGUGUGGUGAUUUCUCCUAACCAGCAAACCAGAGAAUCGGAACAACUAGCGUGUCGUCGUAUAAGCAAAGGCAUUGAGGAGAUCAGUGUUUAUGCUAUUCCUAGGAUUCAAAGAAAACAUUUAUUUCUAUUUCCUUCAUACUUAUUGCAAGAAGCUACUGGCAGAGAGGUUGUGUUUGAAUUCAGCGGUGGAUUCGAGAUUGUUGAAUGCGGUGUCCAAAUCUGGAAGGAUGAAUCAGAAAGAAACCAAAGUGCAUAUAGUAAACCAGGAAAUGGUGAGGAAGAAGAUGUCAGCAAUAACCCGCAGGACACAUAUAACAUCAGCAAAGCUUGGGACGAAGAAGAAGCUGAGGAGUAUGUGAAUCUGAAUCCAGCAAAGCGUACAAAGAGAUGAAACACAUUGUACAAAGAGAUGAAUUACGCUUAUGUGCCUUAAGUCUCUUUAGUUUUUUUUCUUGUCUUGUCUUAGCUGAAUAUUAUACCAUUUCUUCUUCUUCA